UUCCAAUGGUGGCGAGGAGGAUAAAUAUAAAGCUUGCUCAGGGGGACUUGAAGCUGUGCAGGGGUAAUUUGUGUUGCUAUGUGCGGCGUCGGACCGAGGUUUUUGGAGGCACUGACCGGAGCUCCACAUUCAGCGUCCGGGAGCUUCUAGUCCAGCGUGGAGCAGGACUCUGCUUUAGACAGACUGCCUUCUCCAGAAUAUGCCUUGUCUCCAUGGUAACAGGCCUGAGGCAGACCCAGAAAAACAUUGGGCCAAACUAGUUCCUACCUGAUCCUGGAUUGUACCGAAGAGGAGUUCAACCAAAAAGAAAGGGGGAAAAAAAGAAAAGAAAAAUCCAAUUAAUGAUUCCCUGAUGUGUUAUUUUUCCAAUUUUCUCCUUGUAUUCAAAAUAUUUUGCCAAUUAGAGUGCAUUCCCAGGACCCAGAAUGCCUGAAAUCAUGCCUGAAAAUGUGCAUCUGUUUUAACUUGUUUUAAUUUUAGAAAAUAUUACUUUAAAAAAUAACUUUUUGGGUCACGAUGUAAAGGACUCUCUGCACUACUUACAUGGUUUCUUAAAACCAAGAGGUGAAAAGCUGCUUGCUGUAAUUCAACAUUUCCCCUGGAUUAUUAUGUCAGGGAUUUACUCAUUGUCAAUUAAGGAAUCUUAAACUGGGCAGCAACAGUCCCAAACUGGUCUGCCCUACACCAGGACCAGGAUGCACCAGCUGUUCAGCCAGGUGCUGGGUCAGAGGGACCUCUCCAGAGCAGGGGAUUUGUUCUCUCUGGAGGACACAGAGAUUGAAGACUGCCUGUCACAAGCUCUGGACCAGAUCAAGGCCAUCUCCUGCUCACCGGACUAUUUGACCAAUGACAACGACCAGGCGGUGGUGGAAAUUUGCAUAACACGCAUCACCACGGCCAUAAGGGAGACGGGCUCCAUCGAGCGACACAGCAUGGCACUGGUGGGACUGUGGGAGUCUUGUCUGGAACAUAACCUCACCCCGCAAGGUGAAAAUACAGAGGACACGCCGCAUGCCAAGAUAGCCUCAGACAUCACCAGCUGUAUCCUGCAGAAUUACAGUUGUCCGUCGGUCAUGGUGCUGGCCGUCCCUGUAGCGGUGCGGUUCCUGCAGAGAGGGAACAGGGAGCUGAGCAGGAACAUGUCCAGUUAUCUCUCCCUGGCUGCUAUAGCCAAGGCUGACCUGUUGGCUGAACACACAGAGGCCAUAACACUCAGCGUGCUGGGAGGUAACCACAUGCUGUUGCGAGUGUUGCCAUCAGUUUACCCCAGACAACCAGACACCAUCCACCGUCACCUAGGCAACCUCACCGCAAUGAUGUCACAGCUGGAGUCCCCAGAGCAACAACACCUGAUCAGACUCAUUCAGAUGGUUGCAGAACAACAUCCGCUUAUGUUAAGCCCUCAGGUGCCUGCGUUGGUUGGUUACCUAGGUGACCAGUCUCUAACUGAGGCCCUGCUGGGCGCGCUCGUGGACGUGUCUCAGGCCAGCCCUUCCUCACUGGUCAACUUCCUGCCGGCGCUGAGGAUUGUGGGACAGCAGUGCCCCGCUCUCCUGGGUCAUGUGGCCAGAAUCCACGGGUCGGUCGGCAUCAUUAGUGAGACUCAUGCUCACAGCUCAUUGGUCUACCUGGUGUCCCUCCUGGGCAGCAUGGAGCACAGCUUUCACCACACGCUGCUGCUGGAGAUCAGAGGUCUGACUGACCGUUACCCGUCUGUACUGGGUGGCUGCGGCAAAGACAUCUACAGGAUGAGCAACUCCUUUACUGCUAUAGCCAGACUGCUGGGGAGACGGCUGGAAGAGAGCAUGGCCACACACUGCAGGUUGGACGAGGCGUGCCCACCAUCUCCCUGUGCGUCUCUUCCAGGAGGAGGAGGAGGAGGAGGAGGAGGAGGUGGCAGAGGAGGGGUGUCAGAGCAGCAGCUGCAGGUGAAGAUUCAGGCCUUCGAGGAGAAAAUGGGGGAAGAGGAGGGAGAAGAGGAGGCGGGGGAGGACUCUCCUGCCCCCCUGCGACGCUACAGCCUGAGCCAAGCUGUCAGGGACGAGAGACGAGAGAUGAGAUUCAACAGGUCAAAGAGCCUGGCUCUCCACGCUGUGCGCUCACGCUCCAUCAACUCAGACACCGGGGAGGACGGUGACGGAGUGGAGCUGAGUCCAGACAACAUCUUCUCUAACGCUUUGCCUAAUCAGCACUCAGAAAACCAGGAAGCACCACCUGCCGACAGGAAACCGACCGGUGACGGCUCCCCGUCCGGCUCUGCUGCCCCUGACAGAGGGGUCAAAGAGGCAGAGAGAGGUGAAAGCCGAGAGACGGAUGGAGAGAAGGAGGAGCAGGGGGAAACUGACAGACUCUUCCUCCAUUUAAGAGACAAUAUGGAGGUGAUCAGAGAGUUCUGUAAAGACAUGGCGCAGCAGGUCCCCACACCAGAGCAGUGCGUGAUAGAAGAUUCAAAUCGAGGCUGCGUGGCCAAGCUCUCAUUCUCUUGUCCUCUGAAGGGCCACUACUGCCUGUACGCCAAGUCCUGUUUCUACCUGACCAGCCGACAGCCUCAUCUCUGGAUUCACAUCAUGCUGCUGCAUCUACAGAGUAAGUCCAGUGUCCCCCUGUGCUCCAGGGACCAGUGUGUCCAGAGACUGGCUUCUCUCUGGGAGAAAACGCAGCUAAAAGGAGCUCAUAGUUUUCCCAUGGCUAUGACACAGCACACCACCCCACACAGGAAGGACCUGGACAGCCUUCAGCUCCAGCUGGAGGAGGUGCGUUUCUUCGACCUGUUUGGAUACAGUGAGGAAGAAGGAAGCUGGCUCUGCUUCAUGUGUAACAACCCUGAGAAGGCCACAGUCGUGAACCAAGAGGGACAACCUCUGAUCGAGGGGAAGCUGAAGGAGAAGCAGGUCCGCUGGAAGUUCAUCAAGCGCUGGAAAACCCGCUACUUCACCUUGGCAGGAAACCAGCUACUCUUCCGGAGAGGCAAAUCGAAGGAUGAGCUGGAUGACAUCCCUAUUGAGCUGAGCAAGGUGCAAAGUGUCAAGGUUGUAGCCAAGAAGCGUCGGGAUCGGGGUCUGCCCCGGGCCUUUGAGAUCUUCACUGACAGUAAGACGUAUGUGCUGAAAGCUCAGGAUGAGAAACACGCAGAGGAGUGGCUGCAGUGCAUCAAUGUGGCCGUGGCUCAGGCCAGGGAGAGGGAGAACAGGGAGGCCACCACCUACCUGUGAGACCACCAACACAGAUAGAGAAGCGAACUCACACAUAUGCAGCCAAACUUUCGCUGUGUGAGGUUUUUGUUUCUAGUUGUGGGGCAUUUUUUAAGCAUUCAUAAACAACCAACCAGAGCUGUUAAAAGGAAAAUAUGGAGACUGUGAUAACCCUGAGGAAAAUAACACACAUAUAUACUGCCGGUAUAUACAUACACACUGCCAGUAGAACUUCAGUAGCACUAUAACUUCAUAUCUGCAUUUGGCGGUACACUAUCUUCAAUCUCAGAUGAUGGAGCACCUUUCAAAAUCAAUCAAAAUGACUCGUUAUGCAGUAUUUUUAUAGAAAUAUGACUUAUUCGGCCAGCAAUAAAAGACUCAUUAUAUGAAUUAUGGUUACAUAUUUAAUAUACUUAAUGUUACCACCAUGGACCUGUUUAUGAUGAGACAUAUAUACAUCUGUGGACCAUCAUUAGUACUUAUAAUGAAUGUUACAUUAAAUAAGUGUUAAAGACUGACUGGAUCAUUCAGUAUGAAAAUCUGAACUUGUACUGCUUGAACCCGGAGACUGCUGUGAGCUUCAGCAACCAAUCAAAACCAGCACCUACAGAAACUUGGGAUUUCUGGAUUUAAUGAUACGUGAUGAUUGAGAUGUGUUUGAGUCCAGACUAGUAUUUAGCAAUAAAGACUUAACAGACCUCAUAAAGACUUGUAGCAAUAAUGAGACUGAACAGUCGCUCUUGAGAGCAGGAAGGAUGAAGAGGAGCCUAAUGGACAGCAGAUGGGAAGGACAUUCAAUACUGGAAUUGUGUGUGUGUGUGUGCGUGUGUGUGUGCGUGUGUGUGUGUGCGUGUGUGUGAUUGUAGACAUAGUCUUUAAAGGAAUAGUUCAACAUUUCAAGAAAUAUGUCUAUUCACUUUCCUGCCAAGAGUUAGAUGAGAAGAUCGCAAAUCAGUACAAAGAAAGUUUCAAAAUCUUCUGGCACAUUUCCUAAAAUGUUUAAUUAUCCCUUUAAUAUGCAUAUUGUUUUUUGUGUAAUAUGGAUGUACAUAUUUAAGCCAGUGUUUUUUAAAUAAUUUUGUAUCAUGUAUCUUCUGUAUUUUUUACUUAUACUGUAUUUUUCAUCACUAACAAAACUUUUUUCCCCCAAAGUCAGUAGGCGACAGCUUGAGUUGCGUUACUUUAGAAUCGAAAUGUUUCAUCCAACACAUUCAAAGAAAAUAUUUUUUCUCUUUCUGCUCUUUUACAAACAAGCCCCUUAAGAAUCUGUGCAAUGGUCAGCUUUCUUUUCUUUUGCAAUCUCAGUGCUGUAUAGACUGGGCUAUUUUUGGCUUUCCCGAAUGAGAAACGUCUGCAGCAAUUCACUCCAUGUUUUAUGAGGAGUCCUGUCAGCCCAAUUGUUGCUUAAUAGUGGAGUUUAGACCACAGAUUUCUAAGAAAACACUGAAGUAAAUUAGUGGUUUCCUUGUGGUAUUAGAGACUGUGCCAGUUCAGUCAUUUUGAUUUAAGAUGAUUCAGUUAAAGGUUGUGUUUGGAUAGCCAGAGACUGAAGGUGAUCUCUCAUUGUAAAACAGACCUUUUCCAAAGGUUAGACUUUGAAACUUGUGUUUUUGGUGGUCUUUGGAUGAUGUGGACGUGGGGGUCUUACUGUUAAAAAAAAUAGAGCUCCAAUUCUUCCUCAGAUUUCCUGAUCCCGAUUUCCUCCUCUCCACUAACUCACAUCUAUACAACUUUCCACCUGAAAAAUCAGCCUAUGGCAAUGCCUGUGCAGAGCACUAUACCUCCCUUAUGUUACUCACUAACCACAGUGCAGAUGACAAAAUGUCUUGACCCAGUUAAGCUCAGAACUGCCAGCACCAGACAAAUGUUCACGGUCAGCCAUGGCAAAUCAAUUCUUUGGCCCAAUGUCUGAUUUUGCUCCUUAUCUGGAUCCACAUCUGAGGUGUGUGUUUGCCCACAGAUGAAUACAUAGCUCUCCUUUUUUGUCAUCAAAUGCUUUUGGUUACAUAUAUAUAUAUAUAGAAAAUGCAGUGUUUGGAAUUUUUGAAAAAUGCCUAAGGUUGUCUUAAUCUUAACUCGUGUGACAGCACAUUAUCUGUGGUCAUAGUUUGUCCUAAAGCUAAAACCCUGUUAGCUAUGCUAAAAGUUAGUCAUAACACUGCUUUUCCUGCUGUGUCAGGUUACCAGUGUUUGUACUUUUAGCUGUGCCGCCGCCCUUUACGCAGCAGAGCUGACCUGCAUCUGCUUACGCAUAAUAUUGUUUACAUCCUGCCUUUCCAUCACAUGAUUCCCCCUUUUAUUUUAGAAUAAUGACCUACAUACACGGCUGGCUCCAGGCAUAGCAAUGCUGAUUUGCCAGUCUAAUUGAAAUAUCUCAAAAUAUAUUGGAUGGACAUUCGUUGUCGUCAGAGGAUGAAUAUUACUGACUUUGAUGAUCCCUCACAACCCACAAGGGAUAAGUGGUAACAUUUGAUCUAGUGUCAGGUUUAGUUGCUGUUAGAAACUGCUAUUCACAAACUGUCACCUUAACUGUAUACUAUACACACAUAUUAUUUGACUGUAGUGGCUGGAAAGCAAAUGGUAAAUCUACUGCCACUCUUAUAAUUCAGUAAAAUUCAUGUCCUCUGCCAUACACUCUACUGUAAAUUAGUAACUUUACCCCUUUAGUUGCACAGUGUUGAUUUCUUGGUGUUUGAAGUGAAUGUCUGAUCAUAUGAAUGUCAAAGUUUUCUAAAAGUAACAAUGUGAACAUUGUCUGCUGUCGUGCUGCCAAGUUGGCCUUGAUUCCAAGCCUCUGGGGCCAUCUGGGGAUAUCUUUAGCCAAACAAGCUAUUGUUUUUGAGUAAUUUCCUCUUAAUUAAUUGCAUUUGUAGGCAGCUGCAUAAGUAGACUGGAGGAUAUAUUAUCUAUCUAUCUAUCUAUCUAUCUAUCUAUCUAUCUAUCUAUCUAUCUAUCUAUCUUCAUUCAUUCAUUUGUUUGUCUCAGAUUGGAGAAUACUGAGCUGUGACUUCUCACAUCUCUUUAAAGCACAAUGAGAUUACAGUAUAUUCACAGUUUUGAGAGCAGAUAUUGGGAUGAAAACUGCUGUAGAUUUCAAUAGUCACACACAGACUGUGUGUACGUGAAUAUGAUUGACUCAAGUAUUAAAGUUUCUGAAUGUAUAAAAAGCAUUUUUGAGCAUUAUUGAUUAAUAUCAGCCUUGUGUAAAGAAUAAUAGGAAAGAUUAGAUUUGUUUUGUUGUUUUCAUUUUUUUUUUAAAUUUUAUGUGAUUUUUGAUAUAAGGUCAAUAUUUAUUUUUUACAACUGCUACUGUAACACGUCAUGUCUGAGAGGACUACUGAUACACUGAAUGACAGAUUUUCUGUAUUCCCUUCCUUUUUCCCUUGUUUUUAUAUCACUAUUAAUUAAUGCUGUAUUUUAUCAACAGUUAAACUGGUAUUCUUAUGGAGUCUAUAUUUGCCUGUUGCACCUUUUGCAUGCCUGACACUGCUGCUUCGGCUUUUUUUCCAGACAGAAUUGUACAAUAAAUCUUUACCAGUGAAAGCAGCGA